CAUCGCAUCUCUUCUCUCUCCCUAAAACCUCUUCCCCUCUCAAUUAGCAAUUCUCAAUUCUCAUGGUAGUCAACGGACAUCCUCUAAAAGUGAACAACCCAAAAGAAUGAAAGAAGAAGAGUAGGUGAAAAACAAACGAAAUCUUAAAACAUAUCGCUAAUUAUUCGGAUUACUGUAAGAGAAAAAAAAAUUGAGCAGCAUCAUCAUCUUCUGUCUUCCUCCUCCUACUGCUGCUUCUUCUUCAACUUGAAUGCACAUUUUUACUCUGCUCAGUCCACAUCUCUCUUAUAUUGCAACUUUAAUCCCAUCAUGAUUCAGGUUUCUUGAUUGAUUUUCGAUUGUAAUUUAUUCUCAUUGUUACUUCCCAAGUGGUUUUGCGAUCCGCGGUUUUUGGUUUUCCGUGGCUGGAAUGGGCGGCGGAGGUCACAAGAACUAUUCAGUCAAUCCUAAUGAUUACAAGCUACUUGAAGAGGUCGGCUACGGCGCCAGCGCCACCGUCUACAGAGCGAUCUAUCUUCCCUUAAAUGAAGUUGUGGCGGUCAAGUGCUUGGAUCUCGAUCGCUGCAACAGCAAUCUGGAUGACAUCCGAAGAGAAGCUCAAACGAUGAGUUUGAUAGAUCACCCAAAUGUAAUAGGAGCGUAUUGUUCGUUUGUUGUCGAUAGCUACCUUUGGGUGAUCAUGCCAUUCAUGGCAGAGGGAUCUUGUCUACACCUCAUGAAGAUAGCAUAUCCUGAGGGAUUUGAAGAGUCAGCUAUUGGAUCAAUAUUAAAAGAAACUCUUAAGGCUCUGGAGUACCUUCAUCGACAUGGCCACAUCCAUCGUGACGUUAAGGCAGGAAAUAUAUUACUUGAUAGUAAUGGGGAGGUAAAGCUUGCUGACUUUGGUGUGUCAGCUUGCAUGUUUGACAAAGGUGACAGACAGAGAUCAAGAAAUACCUUUGUGGGAACUCCAUGCUGGAUGGCACCAGAGGUGUUGCAGCCACAAAGUGGUUAUGACUUCAAAGCUGAUAUCUGGUCAUUUGGAAUCACCGCACUGGAGUUGGCUCAUGGUCAUGCACCAUUCUCAAAAUAUCCCCCAAUGAAGGUUCUUUUGAUGACCAUACAAAAUGCGCCUCCUGGACUUGAUUAUGACCGUGAUAAAAAGUUCUCCAAGUCUUUUAAAGAAAUGGUUGCAAUGUGCUUGGUGAAAGACCAAACAAAGAGGCCAACUGCAGAGAAACUGUUGAAACAUUCCUUUUUCAAGAAUGCAAAGCCUCCAGAGCUUUCUGUGAAAAAACUCUUUGCUGACUUACCUUCGUUGUGGAAUCGUGUCAAGGCACUUCAGCUUAAGGAUGCUGCACAACUAGCUUUGAAGAAAAUGCCUUCAGCUGAACAGGAAGCAUUGUCACAGAGUCAGUAUCAGAGAGGUGUUAGUGCCUGGAACUUCGAUAUUGAGGAUUUAAAGUUCCAAGCAUCACUGGUGCAAGAUGAGGAUGAAAUACAAGAAAUUAAAGAAGAACAUGGAAGUGGGAAAGUCCAUAUGAAAAAAAGGUGGCAGGACGCAUAUGGUUCUAAAGCUGAUUUGGGGAGCUCUGUUUCCACAGAUCUUAUUAUCAGCGAACACAUAAAUGGUGAUGAAGGACUACAAGACAAGGGCCAAGUUGGGGGAGUAAAAAUCUCAGAAAGUGAUACUAUGGAAUCUGACAGUCAAGGGAAGUCUUCAUUGAGGAAGAAUGGAUCAAAAACUGAGCUGCCACCACCUAUCUCAGAAAAGGAUUCUUUGCUUGCCAAGUCUAGACCUCAAACAGUGAAAGGUCGUCAAACUCAGAGUGGGCCACUCAUGCCUGGAAUGGUUGUUGGUCAAUCUAUUCCUGAAAGAGCACGAACUUCAGAAAGGUCUGAGAAUGAAACCCAGCAGCCAGUCGAGAAAGCUCAGCAAGUACGAAGAGCACCUAGCUUCAGUGGCCCUUUAAAUCUUCCAAAUCGUGCUUCAGCAAACAGUUUAUCAGCUCCAAUUAAAUCCUCGGGCGGGUUUAGAGAAUCUUUGGAUGACAAAUCAAAGACCAAUCUGGUGCAAAUAAAAGGACGGUUUUCAGUAACAUCUGAAAAUGUUGAUCUUGUAAAGGAUAUUCCAUUAUGUACAGUUCCUCGACGAUCUUCUCAGGGGUCAUCUUUGAGGAAGUCCGCUAGCGUUGGAGACUGGAUAUUUGAAUCUAAGCAACUGCCUACUAAUCACUUGCCAAAAGAAAUUGGCAACAGCAGUAUGCCAGCUUCAAUUUUGAUGCCUCACCUCCAAAACCUUUUUCAGCAAACAUCAAUUCAACAGGAUCUUAUUAUGAACUUGCUCAAUAGCUUGCAAUCAGCUGAGGCAGCAGAUGCUUCUCAAAAUGGGAAGUUGCCUCCAGUGCCUUGCAAUCCGGAGAAUAAUGGAAAUGUUGAUGGUGCUGUUACUGAAAGGGAACGCUUACUUCUUACAAAAAUCUGUGAGCUUCAAGCUAGGAUGAAUGACUUGACUGAUGAAUUAACGGCAGAAAAAUCGAAGUACAUUCAAUUGCAACAGCGGAUAAACAUGGUGUCUGGCCAGGAGGAUGGGGACAGGAGAAGUUGAUUCUUGACAAGUAAAUGAAUCUGUACAAGUGUAAAUUAACGCCAUGUAAAGUCAGUUGAGAGUUUCAUCCGGUCAAUUGACCUUGAGAAGUUGCUGUGUAUGUGGGGCCUAGGGAGAAAGGACAGCUACUAUAAAUGUUUCUGGAGUCUUGCUCGAGAUACAUUACAUUUUUGACAGAAGAUUCCAGCUUUCCAAAUGACAAACAAGUAAAUAGUAGGCUUCUUAAGGAUAUAUUAUUUCUUCUUUCAUUUGUGCGGAAGGUCCGAAUGCAUAUUCAAUUCGGCGUAAAUUUCUUGAACCAGUCAAAGUGAGGAAAAGAAAAGCAAAACUAAGGGGGAGUAUGCUGUGUGCAUUUUGUAGAUUUUACAUCUCUCUCUGAAACGCGCAAAACUGUAAUUCUGUUAAAUAGAUUAUCUCUGUGCUUGAGUUUGUAAUUUGUAUAUUGACCGCCAUCUCAAUGUUAACCAUCCUCCCCCCCUUCCCCUCUCUCCUUUUAUUCACCCAUAGGUUCUCUGUGGUUGUUCCUUAUCUCUUCCUGUAACAUAUUGUAGGCCGCCAGCAGGCGUUAAGGAUGAUAUUAUUGCAAUAAACAAAGUUUGAUUUGGUCAAA